AUGUCCCUCGUUUACUCUACUAGUGCAUUGUUGCUUGCGGCAGUGGCGACAUGGAAGAUAUCAAAUACUCGUAAAGAGCGAGAUGGCAAGACAUGCCCGCCUGGUCCCUCCUCUCUACCUCUCUUAGGAGUCGCCCACCUCAUGGAUGCAUCCGCACCAUGGGAAACAUUCACCGACUGGAAAGCUAAGUACGGCGAUGUUGUAUACUUCCGGCAGUUCGGUCAAGAUAUCAUCGUACUCAAUUCUGAAGAAGCUAUCAAAGACUUGCUGGAGAAAAGGUCAAGCAAUUACUCUGACAGAAUGUAUAUGUCGACCAGGGAACCCUACGGUUUGAGCUUCGACACUAUUUUUCACGCUCACGAUGAGACGUGGCGAGCACAUAGGCGUAUUGCGCACCAAGGCCUUCGCGAGCACCAUGUAGACAUCUACCAACCGACACAGCUCCGCUUCACCGAAGCGCUUGUCAAGAACCUGGAAAAUUCGCCUGAGGACUACCACAGUCAUUUCCAGAGAUUUGCUGCCUCUGUCAUCCUUUCGGCUAUAUAUGACCACGACGUGGCCGAUGAGAACGAUCCAGUUAUGAAGGCAGUGAUAGAGGCGUUAGAUACCUUGGUCCUCCUUCAAACGCCCGGAAACGCCAUUCUAUUCAACGUUUUCCCGUUCUUGAAGUAUACUCCUACCUGGCUCCCAGGCGGGUGGCGCAAUAUCACUGACGCGCGAGUGAAGAUAGAAAGGAUGCUGAACUUGCCAUUUGAGUAUCUCGAAAAGAAGAUGGCAACGGGAAAAGCGGAGCACUCGAUUGCCGUUGAGGCAUUGGAGAGGUUCGGAAACACCGGCAAAGUUCACAACUUCGAGGAGGUCGUUAAGGGCGCGUGUUUCAGCCUCUACGGAGCUGCUUCGGAAACGACAGCUUCUACACUAAUGAUAUUCGUUCUCGCUAUGGUACAAUAUCCUGACGUUCAAAAACGGGCGCAGGAGGAGAUUGACAGGGUUCUGGGAGACAGCCGUCUGCCUGAAUUUGAAGAUCGGCAGUCUCUUCCUUACAUCGAAGCGAUCUGCCGAGAGUCGCUGAGAUGGCACCCUGUGGCGCCACUUGGAAUCCCUCAUUCAGCAACCAACGAUGAUGUCUACAAUGGCUGGCAUAUCCGUAAAGACACGGCGGUGAUAGCAAACAUCUGGGCACUAUCACAAAACUCUGAGAAAUAUCCCUCUCCGUCCUUGUUCAAGCCCGAGAGGUUUCUUGACGAAAAGGGUGGGCUGACGGAAGACCUACUCACGUACGCAUUUGGCUUUGGGAGACGCAUCUGUCCUGGGCGCCACUUCGCCAAUAACUCGCUGUGGAUUGCAAUUGCUCGGCUUUUGACUGGUUUCACAUUCGAGUCCGAUUAUGUGCGAGGCGGCGUGGAGGUGAAGUGGCAUAAUGUAUUAACUUCGUGA